AUGAUUGUAGCUGGGCUCGCGGUCGUGUUGGUCGGCCUUGCCGUCGCUCUCCGCGCCCGCAUGAGCCCCGGUCUGCUGGGCAUUGCUUUGGUCAAUAUGAUGUCACUCUCUCAUUCACUAACGAAUCUCGUUCAACACUGGACCAUUUUGGAGACCUCACUAGGUGCGAUUGCACGUAUCAAGAAUUUUUCGGAACGAACCCCGGCUGAAAGGCCGCCGGCUGAACCAAAGACGCAACCCAGCGACGAGUGGCCCAGCAUUGGUACGUUGAUGUUCCGACAAGUGAGUGCUUCAUAUAGCGAAUCGUUGCCUCCUGUUAUCAAGGAUAUAAGCUUUUCCAUUAAAGGUGGUCAGAAAUUGGCCAUAGUCGGAAGAACCGGGAGUGGCAAGAGCUCAUCUACGCUUGCUAUCCUUCGUAUGAUUGAUGUUAACUCCGGUGAAAUAAGCCUUGACGGCAUCAAUCUGGCGACUGUAGAAGCAUCGGUAGUCAGGCGACGACUGAAUUGCUUGACGCAGGAUGCCUUCCUCUUCCCUGGCACGUUGCGCAGUAACAUGGAUCCCACAGAGGAAGCAACGGAUGAGGCUAUCGUUUCUGCCCUAAAGAAAGUCGACUUGUGGACACUGCUGGAGAGCAAGGCCGGCGACAAGACAUCAGGGACAUCCAACAUACUGAGCAGCAUGAUGGACACUGACUCGCUCUCCCACGGCCAGCGACAGCUUUUCUGUCUCGCUCGAGCCAUGCUCAAACCCGGGAAGGUAUUGAUUCUUGACGAACCUACCAGCAGCGUCGAUACCCAGAUGGACAUAAAAAUGCAAGGGAUCAUCCGUGCCGAGUUCAAGGACCACACGAUUGUCAUGAUUGCACACCGACUUUCUAGUAUUCUUGACUUUGAUCACGUUGCCGUAAUGGACGCAGGAUGCCUGGUAGAGUUUGGAAACCCAGAGAGUUUACGAAGGACUCCUAUGAGCCAUUUCUCAAAGAUGCUCGACGGAUUGGCUGCUUGA